UUUUAUUUUCGCUCACGUUAUUCCUCAUCAUAGUCAGUAAUAAUGAGGAGUAUCAAAUUACGAUGAACCAAAGCAGUUCACUUUCGCUCACGUUAUUCGAGAUCCAUGCAUCGUCUUGAGAAUAUCUCUUUUAUUGGAAGCAAACACCUUUUACUACAUUUGUUUUUUUUUUUCUUCUAACAGUGGAGGUUAGAUCUCAAGAAAGCAUUUGCCUAAUUUCAUUUUCGUUUUUAAGCUCUUGUAGUUCGAACCCUAGAAGCUGUGGUCGUACCAAUGGCCAAGAUAGUAGAGAGUAAAUCAACACAUUAUUAUCCUAGUACUGCAUAUGAUGAGGACUCCGACAACGAUGAAACCGUGGACAUAAACGGUUUCUGUAUUUUACAAUCCCAGUUAGGUCAAGCGAAGCUAAUCUUUAAAGAACAUCCAGAGACAUCCUCAAAUUUUCAUCUAAAGAGUGUAUUUGCCAAGAGAACGUACUUGACUGCCCUACUCAACCUCGUCGACAAUGAACUAAAAGAAGCAGACAACACAAUUUGGGAUCUUGAAGCUGCUGGUUUCAAACUGGAUUGGUUGAAACAGAAACUUGAGGAGAUUCGUGUUAUUGUAAAAGAAGCACAAGACCGUGCCGCUCGGAUGAGAGAACUAGACCGGAAGAUCUUGGGGAAGAUGAAGGAGUUGGUGGUCCUUGAAGACAAAUUGAAGAAGGAACAGCUUAAGGCUAUGUCGGACGAACUUGGAUAUUAUUACUGCUUUUUUAUUUGAAUAAAGUCUCACAUUUUCAUUCUGUUUAACCAAAUACUCUUUAACACAAAGAUUGAAAGUUUGAUGCAUUUUGUUUUUUUCUGUCUAUUUUGAUAGAAUGAAAUGGUAAAGAAUUGCAACAA